CAGAGAGGGAAGGGAGGCAGGCUGUGAAUGCCAACAAGCCCCGUCGUAAUCAUACAGCUCCGUAGGUAGGGUUUGAUAUUGUAAAAAAACGUCUUGCAAUGGAGAGCAGCGACGACCACUAUUAAACACCUACUAUGCGCCAGUGCCGCGUUCACCCUGUGCGCGUGCAGCAGCCUCACCGUCGUCGGCACGUUUGAUCCGAAAAACCGUCUUUUUCCGCUGAGUGAAAUGUAUCGCGACUGCUCGGGAUUCACAUUCUGACAAUGGAGAUUGAAAAUAUCGUGGCCAACACGGUUCUCCUGAAGGCGAGGGAAGGUGGAGGAGGGAAGAGGAACGGUCGCAGUAAGAAAUGGAAGGAGAUGCUAAAACUCCCCCACAUCAGUCAGUGUGAGGAGCUCCGCCGCACUAUCGAGAGGGACUACACCAGUCUAUGUGAGAAGCAGCCCAUUGGUCGGCUGUUAUUCCGUCAGUACUGUGACACCAGGCCCGAGCUGAAGCGCUGCAUCGAGUUUAUGGAUGCUGUGGCCAUGUACCAGCUAGCUCCUGACGAGAAGAGGAGGGACUGUGGACUGAAUGUUUUAGACACAUACUUUAAUAAUGGGUCGGCAGCCCAUCUGCCAGACGUACCCCAGGAUGUGGUCGCUGGGUGUCGAGAGAGGCUGGAGCAGAGUCCAUGUAAGGAGCUCUUCAAUGACUGCACCAAAAUAGUUCGUGAUUAUCUGAGUGGAGCUCCAUUUUCCUCCUACCAGGAGUCCAUGUACUUCUCUCGCUUCCUGCAGUGGAAAUGGUUGGAGAGGCAACCAGUAACCAAAAAUACCUUCAGACAUUACAGAGUACUAGGAAAAGGUGGAUUUGGCGAGGUUUGUGCCUGCCAAGUACGUGCCACCGGUAAGAUGUACGCCUGUAAAAAGCUGGAAAAGAAAAGAGUGAAGAAAAGAAAAGGUGAAGCAAUGGCACUAAACGAAAAACGCAUUUUAGAAAAAGUUAACAGUAGUUUUGUAGUUAGUCUAGCAUAUGCCUAUGAGACCAAGGAUGCGCUGUGUCUGGUGUUGACCAUAAUGAAUGGCGGCGACUUAAAGUUCCACAUCUACAACAUGGGCAACUCGGGCUUCGACGAGCAGAGGGCCAUCUUCUACGCUGCUGAGAUCUGCUGUGGCCUUGAGGACCUGCACCGUGAGAGGAUAGUCUACAGGGAUUUGAAACCUGAAAACAUCCUUCUGGAUGAUCGUGGGCACAUCCGAAUUUCAGACCUGGGCCUUGCAGUUCAAAUCCCUGAAGGAGAGACGAUACGAGGGAGAGUGGGCACUGUUGGAUACAUGGCUCCCGAGGUGAUCCAGAACGAGAGCUACACCUUCAGCCCGGACUGGUGGGGACUGGGCUGCCUGAUCUUUGAGAUGAUUCAGGGCCAGUCGCCCUUCCGCAAGCGCAAGGAGCGUGUCAAGCGGGAGGAGGUGGACAGACGAGUGCGCGAGGACCAGGAGGAGUACUCUGAUAAGUUCGCGGAGGAGGCGAAGGACAUCUGCAGACAGCUCCUGGCUAAAGACCCCAAGGAGCGGCUGGGUUGUCAGGGCCGAGGGGCCAUCGAGGUGAAGCAGCACCCCAUCUUCAGAAACAUCAACUUCAAACGGCUGGAGGCCAACAUGCUGGACCCCCCCUUCAGCCCCGAUCCGCGGGCCGUGUACUGUAAAGACGUCCUGGACAUCGAGCAGUUCUCCACUGUAAAAGGCGUGAACCUUGACCCCACAGAUGACGACUUCUACCACAAGUUUGUCACAGGCAGUGUCUCCAUCCCGUGGCAGAACGAGAUGAUCGAGAUGGAGUGCUUCAAAGAAAUCAACGUCUACGAGACUGACGGGACGCUGUGCUCAGAUCUGGACGUGAACCGGCCUAAUCCUCCACCAAAGAGAGGCUUCUUCUACCGCCUGUUCAGAAGAGAGGUCUGUUUUAAGAGCGGUUACAGUGACGACGAGAUCGAAGAGCCCUCGCGACUUUAAACCACUCCCUCCACCUGCCCCCCUCCCCCCCCCUCGCCGCUGAACUUCACCACAAACUCCAACCGAGCGCAAAUCUUAGGAACUCAGUGAAUGUUGACCUGUAUUUAUGAGCUGUAUUAAAAGUGUAUUAUAAUUAAAGAAAAAAGUAUGAGUUUAAAGAUUUUGUACAUUUGUACUUGAAUUUAUGUCUAGAUGUAUAUUUUCACUAAAGGUUGUAUUGUACAAAAAGCCAUAAAAGUACCACUUGAAUGCAUACAUUACGUUUUUAUUUCCUUUUUAUUUUCUUUUGGAGUGAGUAUGGAUAAUGUGUAUUGGGGAGGGUUUUUUUUUUAAGAAGCACAGUACCAGUAGUUUGUUGUUUUUUUUCAAUGUAGCAUAAAGCCUUUUUUUGUUUUUAUAUGUGCUGUAUGUUUGUCAUUGAUUUGGUGACGUGUUGUUAGCACAUCAGAUCCACCCGGUUCCCAAAUUAACCCUCUGCACCCCUCGAAGUUCAGGUAGAUGUGAACGAUAUGGGGGAAAAUAAAUCCAGUCUAACGUUGCUGUGUUGAUGCUAUGCUGCUUUAGCCUUCCCAAAUGUUUCCCAGAUCUCCACCUUCCCCUUUAGUUUUAAUUUUCGGAGGUGAUAAUCCUUCCUCCAGCCCAGUCAGGCAGGUCGCUCUGGACUAAACAACGUGUUUUAAACCGUGUUCGAGGUGCCUGUAUCGACUCAAUUCUAGUACAGAUGACAUGAAAUUAUUUCUGACAAUUUUUCAAUCAGCAUGUGCAACAAUUAGUAUAUUUAAAGGAGGCUUUUUUGGUAAAAUAAAGCCUGAUAAUUAUUAUUCCUGGACCUCUUCAGAAAUCUCUCUUGAACUGCGAAAGGCUCAGAUCCUUUAUUUGCGACGCCAGAGUGAGUUUCCUUCGGGAGCACAGCUGUUAAGUAAAUGUCUGUUACAUUUUUCACUCAGGCAAAACUGUUUUUUAUCUUUACUCCUCUUUCUUUUGUUGUUCCACCUAUCUUUCAUUAGUCCGGUAAUUAUAAACCUGUUUGAUGUGCCGAGCAGAAAUCCUUUCCUCUUCACUGUCCUGUUACUAACAAUAACCUUUAAGAGCUACUUUAACCCUUUGAAACCUGAGCAGUUUGGUUUGAUUUGUGUCGAAGUCAUGGGGAGAAAGGCAAUGAGCAAC